AUGCCGAAUAUCUUCAAGCAAACCCUAGGGGAUACCCCCCGCGAAGCUCUGAAUUGGCGACUGGGUAUGGCUGUCCUAUGCUUUGGAUUAAUGGGCGCAAGUAGAGGAAUCGACGAGGGCUUAAUUGGUGGGACAACUCAGCAAAAAUCCUUCGCUUCCAAGUACGGCUUGAACGACCCGAAUCUGAGUAAGGCAGAGCAGGCAAACAGACUUGGAAACAUUACCGCUAUGGUUCAGAUUGGAAGUAUUGGUGGCGCCUUGAUAGCUUUCCUUAUUACUGAUCGAAUUGGUCGCAUUUGGGCUACACGACAAUUAUGCAUCGUAUGGGCCGCCGGAGUUGCCAUAUACAUGACGGCGAACGGUCGAUUGGGCCAGGUACACGCUGGUCGACUUAUUGCUGGAAUAGGUGUCGGUCAAACAACCGUCGUUGGGCCAACAUACCUAGCGGAGGUUUCACCCAAAGCGAUUCGCGGCCUUUGCACAUGUGCAUUCUCGGGUUCUGUAUAUCUUGCGAUUGUGACUGCUUAUUUUGCCAACUGGGGAAGUUCGCUCCAUAUCAGCGAUCAGUCUCAGAAAGAAUGGCUCGUACCAACUUCUAUCCAUAUAAUGUUCGCCGGACUGAUCUUUCUGUUUUCUUUUGGAGUCGAGGAAUCUCCGCGAUAUCUAGCAAAGAUAGGCAAGAAUGAAGAAGCGCACAGAAUAAUGGCAAAGAUCCGGAACCUUUCUCCCAGCCACCCAUACGUUCAAACUGAAAUGAACGACAUCCACGAGCAACUCGAACGUGAGCGAGAAGCCACGCUGGGCUUUCACUGGCUAGGCCCCCUGAAAGAGCUCUUUUUCAUCCCCUCGAACCGAUAUCGUAUCAUGGUUGGGUUAAUGUCGCAACUACUUAGUCAGUGGUCUGGAGCGACCAGUAUUACAAUCUACGCGCCGCAAUUCUUUGCCAUGUUAGGCACUGAGGGACAGUCAGAGAAACUUUUUGCAACCGCGAUAUUUGGCGUUGUAAAGCUGGUUGCUUCAAUCGUUUGCGCUCUCUUUCUGGUUGACCUCCUAGGGCGGAAGCGAGCUUUGACUUAUGGCAUCAUCAUGCAGUUUUUGAGCAUGCUCUAUGUGGCAAUUUAUCUAGCAGUCGUGCCGGGCGUUAGAAAUCACGAAACACCCGAAGGUAAUUCGAAAAGGGCCGGGACUGCAGCCAUAGUGUCGAUCUACAUUUCUGGCGUGGGAUGGGCACUUGGAUGGAAUAGCAUUCAGUACCUGAUCAACGCAGAAAUCUUCCCGCUUCGUGUGAGAGCUUUGGGGACGUCGAUGGUGAUGUGUUUCCACUUUGCAAAUCAAUAG